AUUGUUAAUAGAAAAUCUGGCCAGUCAGAAAGGAAGAGGAAAGGACACCGUGGUAACAGGAGCUGGGGGAAGUGGGGAUCCCUUCCCACACGCAUUGCUAUUAGAAGCUCAUUUCUAAGGAUUCCGUUGCUGCCAUUCUGAAAGCUGCUUGGGGCUGAGUGACAGUGGUUUUGAAAGACUGAUUAAAAGAAGAAUGGAGGCCAGAGUGGAGCGUGCGGUGCAGAAAAGGCAAGUCCUACUUCUUUGUGUGUUUCUGGGAGUGUCUUGGGCUGGUGCUGAACCGCUUCGGUAUUUUGUGGCGGAGGAAACCGAGAGAGGCACCUUUCUGGCCAACCUAGCACACGACCUGGGGUUGGGGGUGGGGGAACUUUCAGCUCGGGGAUCUAGGAUCGUUUCAGAUCAGAACAUGCAAUUUUUACUACUCAGUCCGCUUACUGGUGAUUUACUUCUAAAUGAGAAAUUAGACCGAGAGGAACUGUGCGGCUCCACAGAGCCCUGCGCGCUGCCUUUCCAGUUGUUACUGGAAAAGCCUUUGCAGAUUUUCCGUGCUGAACUAUGGGUCAGAGACAUCAACGAUCAUUCUCCAGUGUUUCUAGAUAGAGAGAUUCCCUUGAAAAUAUUAGAAAGCACCACCCCAGGGGCGGCAUUUCUCCUAGAAAGGGCGCAGGAUUCAGAUGUUGGAACCAACAACUUGAGAAACUAUACCAUCAGCGCCAAUGCCUAUUUCCAUGUUAAUGUGCAUGAUAAUGGGGAGGGGACUAUCUAUCCGGAAUUAGUACUGGACCGAGUGCUAGAUCGAGAGGAGGUGCCUGAGCUCAGUUUAACCCUCACCGCCUUGGACGGCGGCUCUCCGCCCAGAUCCGGGACCGCCCUCGUGCGCAUCCAGGUGGUGGACAUAAAUGACAACGUCCCUGAGUUUGUACAGUCGCUCUACAAGGUGCAGGUGCCAGAGAACAGCCCUGUUGGCUCCCUGGUUGUCUCCGUGUCAGCUAGAGAUUUAGACACCGGAAGUUAUGGGGAAAUAGUCUAUGCAUUUUUUUAUGCCACUGAAAGAAUUCUCAAAACGUUUCAAAUCAAUUCAACAUCUGGCAAUCUUCAUCUUAAAGCCGAAUUAAACUAUGAGGAAAUGCAAACUUACACACUAACUAUUCAGGCCAAGGAUGGUGGAGGGCUUUCUGGAAAAUGUACCGUGGUGGUCCACGUAACAGACAUCAAUGAUAACGCACCGGAACUACUCAUGUCAUCACUUACAAGCUCCAUUGCAGAAAACUCAGCCGAGACUAUUGUGGCUGUUUUUAGAAUUAGAGACAAAGAUUCAGGUAACAAUGCAAAGAUGGUGUGCUCCAUCCAAGAGGAUCUCCCCUUCGUCCUGAAGCCAUCAGUAGAAAAUUUCUACACCCUGGUAACAGAGAGACCGCUGGACAGAGAGAUGAGAGAGGAAGCAGAAUACAACAUCACCAUCACUGUGACUGACUUGGGGACCCCAAGACUGAAAACCCAGCACAACAUAACCGUGUCGGUGUCUGAUGUCAACGACAACGCCCCCGCCUUCACCCAAACCUCCUACACCCUGUUCCUCCGCGAGAACAACAGCCCCGCCCUGCACAUCGGCAGCGUCAGCGCCACAGACAGAGACGCGGGCGCCAACGCCCAGCUCACCUACUCGCUGCUGCCGCCCCACGACCCGCAGCUGCCCCUGGCCUCGCUGGUGUCCAUCAACGCGGACAACGGCCACCUGUUCGCCCUGAGGGCGCUGGACUUCGAGGCGCUGCAGGCGUUCGAGUUCCGCGUGGGCCACAGGCUGCUGGUGCUGGUCAAGGACAAUGGCGAGCCCGCGCUGUCUGCCAGCGUCACGCUGCACGUGCUGCUGGUGGAUGGCUUUUCGCAGCCCUACCUGCCGCUGCCCGAAGUGGCGGCCGACCAGGCGCAGGCCGACCCGCUGACCGUGUACCUGGUCAUCGCGUUGGCGUCGGUGUCGUCGCUGUUCCUGUUCUCGGUGCUGGCGUUCAUCGCGGUGCGGCUGUGCAGGCGGAGCAGGGCCGCCUGGGUGGGUGGCUGUUCGGUGCCUGAGGGCCACCUUCCGGGCCACCUGGUGGACGUCAGCGGCACAGGGACCCUGUCCCAGAGCUACCAGUAUGAGGUGUGUCUGAGGGGUGGCUCAGGGACCUCUAGCGAGUUUAAAUUCCUGAAGCCGAUUAUUUCUAAUCUGCAGUCCCAGGGCACAGGGAGGGAAGUGGAAGAAUAUCCUGCAUUUCGGAAUGAUUUGGGUUUCUGAUAAAGAAAGGAAAAUAAAUGCGAGUGUUGUGUCUGUGAAUACAUUCCUAAGAAAUUUAUCAUGUGUCACCGGUGGAAGAUUGCUUUCACAUUAUUUCAAGCAUUUUUAAAGCCACAGAAUUAGUUUCGUUACACAGCAAAGAACCUAGCUUUAGCCCUAAGCACCCUCUACAAAGCAUGGAAUUCAUGUGUCUAUUUGAUCUCUAACAGUUAUGCAUUCUGUGUAGUCUAUUAAGUAAUGAUAAAUGUUGUUUGGGAUGUUGUAAAUUAAUUUUCAUUUUCUUCAAACUUUAUUGCUUUUUUAUUUUCUGAGUUGAUUUCAGUGCUGUAGAUUUAUACUUGCCUUAAGUUUUAGAAGCACGGAUUAUACAGUAACUUUUGAAGUUUUUAAGACAGUACUUAGUAUACAUCACACACUAUUUUAACAUUUUUAAUCUUAGAAGUAAACCUAUGAGGAGAGGUAUUUUUGAAAUGGGCAAGUAGAUAUUUAUAGAGGUUCAAUAAAUUCAGUAAGAACACCAAUUAAUAAAUGGCAGAAUUGAGUAUCUUUCCUAAAUCUUUCUGCCACUGGGACCUUGCUAUGAUGCUGUACUCUUUUCUGGCAUUAGGUAUCACAUUGAAAGUUUCUCCAUAAUUAAGGAGAAGAAAUACUUUUCUCUUAUUCAUAUUCCUGUUUUGUCUUUUCUAUAAUUAGAAGUAAUAGUGUAUAUAUUGGCUUGUGGUUUUAUUUUCUUAAAAACUAAUAAUCCAGCUUUACUGAAUUAAUUAUUUAA